AUGGGUUAAUAAGGAAUUUAAAAGUUAAAAUGUUAGAAAGAUGAUCAUUAGGAUGAUAUAGAUAGUAUUUGUUAUAAUUUGGGUUGCGCAGAAUUCAGAUUAAAUUGUUUUAAAUGUAUGAAGAAGGGGAUCCAUCAUGCUCAUCUUAAUGAUGUUGAAAAAAUAAACAGUUUGAUAGAAUAUAUUGAAAUGCAAAACAAGGAAUGUGAUAAUUUAAUUAAUGAUCUUAAUAAAUUAGUAGAAAGUGUAAAUCAAUCAUACUCAUAAUAUAAAGAGGGAAUCAAUAGAAAAUAUUCUCUAUUAAAAGAAAGAUUAUUGUAAUUGAAUUCAUAAUAAAUAAAUGAUUUCUUGAAUUCAACUAUAAAAUUUACAGAAUUUAAAUAAUCAAUAACAACAAUCGUCCCAUAUUAGAUUAAAAAAUUAGGUAAUACUUUUAAUAAUUUAUAUGAUUAAUUACAAUUAUUAUCAUUUGAUUAUUAUUUAAUAAAUGAUAAUGAAAUCAAAUAAUCAAAAGAAAUGUAUAAUCAAGGUAUUACAUCAAAUACAUCUUUAGGUAUUAAUUUAGCUAAGGAAUUAAAAUAUGAUGAAUCAAUAAAAUUAUUAGAUAAAUCAAUUUAAUUAGAUCCAAAUAACUAUGAAGCAAAAUGGCGCAAAGGUAUUGAUCAUAAUAAAUUAUAAUUAGGUUAAUGUUUAAGACUGUUAGAGAGAUAUGAGGAUGCAAUUACUUGGUUAGACAAAGCAUUACUUGUCGAUCCUAAACAUGUUUUGUCUUUAUAGAAUAAAGGUAGAUUGAAUUUGAAUUGAUUUAUUAGGUUAAUGUUUAACAAUGUUAGAGAGAUAUGAGGAUGCAAUUACUUGGUUAGACAAAGCAUUACUUGUCGAUCCUAAACAUGUUUUGUCUUUAUAGAAUAAAGGUAGAUUGAAUUUGAAUUGAUUUAUUAGGUUAAUGUUUAACAAUGUUAGAGAGAUAUGAGGAUGCAAUUACUUGGUUAGACAAAGCAUUACUUGUCGAUCCUAAACAUGUUUUGUCUUUAUAGAAUAAAGGUAGAUUUAAUUUGAAUUGAUUUAUUAGGUUAAUGUUUAACAAUGUUAGAGAGAUAUGAGGAUGCAAUUACUUGGUUAGACAAAGCAUUACUUGUCGAUCCUAAACAUGUUUUGUCUUUAUAGAAUAAAGGUAGAUUUAAUUUGAAUUGAUUUAUUAGGUUAAUGUUUAACAAUGUUAGAGAGAUAUGAGGAUGCAAUUACUUGGUUAGACAAAGCAUUACUUGUCGAUCCUAAACAUGUUUUGUCUUUAUAGAAUAAAGGUAGAUUUAAUUUGAAUUGAUUUAUUAGGUUAAUGUUUAACAAUGUUAGAGAGAUAUGAGGAUGCAAUUACUUGGUUAGACAAAGCAUUACUUGUCGAUCCUAAACAUGUUUUGUCUUUAUAGAAUAAAGGUAGAUUUAAUUUGAAUUGAUUUAUUAGGUUAAUGUUUAACAAUGUUAGAGAGAUAUGAGGAUGCAAUUACUUGGUUAGACAAAGCAUUACUUGUCGAUCCUAAACAUGUUUUGUCUUUAUAGAAUAAAGGUAGAUUUAAUUUGAAUUGAUUUAUUAGGUUAAUGUUUAACAAUGUUAGAGAGAUAUGAGGAUGCAAUUACUUGGUUAGACAAAGCAUUACUUGUCGAUCCUAAACAUGUUUUGUCUUUAUAGAAUAAAGGUAGAUUUAAUUUGAAUUGAUUUAUUAGGUUAAUGUUUAACAAUGUUAGAGAGAUAUGAGGAUGCAAUUACUUGGUUAGACAAAGCAUUACUUGUCGAUCCUAAACAUGUUUUGUCUUUAUAGAAUAAAGGUAGAUUUAAUUUGAAUUGAUUUAUUAGGUUAAUGUUUAACAAUGUUAGAGAGAUAUAAGGAUGCAAUUACUUGGUUAGACAAAGCAUUACUUGUCGACCCUAAACAUGUUUUGUCUUUAUGGAAUAAAGGUAGAUUUAAUUUGAAUUGAUUUAUUAGGUUCAUGUUUAACAAUGUUAGAGAUAUAUGAGGAUGCAAUUACUUGGUUAGACAAAGCAUUGCUUGUCGAUCCUAAACAUGUUUUGUCUUUAUAGAAUAAAGGUAGAUUUAAUUUGAAUUGAUUUAUUAGGAUAAUGUUUAAGACUUUUAGAGAGAUAUGAGGAUGCAAUUACUUGGUUAGACAAAGCAUUACUUGUCGAUCCUAAACAUGUUUUGUCUUUAUGGAGUAAAGGUAGAUUGAAUUUGAAUUGAUUUAUUAGGUUAAUGUUUAAAAAUGUUGGAGAGAUAUGAGGAUGCAAUUACUUGGUUAGACAAAGCAUUAUUUGUCGAUCCUAAACAUGUUUUGUCUUUAUAGAAUAAAGGUAGAUUCAAUUUGAAUUGAUUUAUUAGGUUCAUGUUUAAGAAAACUGAAGAGAUUCGAUAAUUCUGCGAAAUACAUAGAUUAAGCCCUCCAAAUUAAUCCUAAUGAUACGUUUUCACUUAAUGAAUAAGGUAUCUAUUUAAUUUUAUAUUAAAGGAUUAUUGUUAGAAGAUUUAUAACAAUAUGAAAUUGCUCUCACUUAUUAUGAAAAAUCAUUAACAGUAUCACCAAAUAAUUAAUGGACUAUAAAUAGGAAGUGUAUUAAUAAUUGAUUUAUUUAGAAUUAUGUUUGACCAUUUUGAAGCAAUGA